AUGCCAUGCAAAAUGCAUAAGAGCAAUUACACUGCACUUGUUCACUUGAUUUCACUUAUUGCUAUUUUUCUUUAUACUGAAUCACGUUUCACUUUCACGCAAGGAGUUGGAGCCCAGAACACAACAGUAAGGUGUUUGGAGAGGGAGAGAGAAGCUCUUCUAGAGCUCAAGAAAGGGCUUUUGGAUGAACAUGGCGUUCUCUCUUCAUGGGGAAGUGAGGAUCACAAAAAAGAAUGCUGCAAAUGGUGGGGGGUUCGUUGCAGCAAAUACACCGGCCAUGUAACUGUUCUUGAUCUUCACUGCCCUGUCGAUCAUGGCUUUCCGGUUCAGAUGCCUCUGAGCGGAAAGGUUAGUCCUUCUUUGCUUCAAUUGGGGCAUUUGGGAUAUCUUGAUCUUAGUUACAAUGAUUUCCAGGGAGAUAACAUCCCAGACUUCAUUGGUUCCCUCCAUAGUUUAAGAGUCUUGAAUCUCAAUUCUGCUAUGUUUUCUGGUAAAGUCCCAAAUCAGCUUGGGAAUCUUACCAAUCUCCAAGUUCUUGAUCUGAGUGAAAAUGACUUUCUUCCAAUCUCAAAUCUUGACUUCCUCUCUCAUCUCUCUUCCCUAAAAUACAUUGAUCUCACUGCCCUUCGUUUUGAAUUGAGAGAAUUUGUGAAAACAAGUGUCACCCUCCCUAUCUCCCUUGAGGAACUGAAACUCUCUUUUUGCAGACUCUCUGAUCUUACACCUUUCUACCCUAAUUCUUCUUCUUCAAACUCUCUUUCAGUGGUUGACUUGUCACUUAACAAUCUCACUUCCCCUUCAGUUUUCAAAUGGCUGCAAAACUUCAACACAACUCUCACUAGCAUUAACCUCUCAGAUAACCCCCACUUAGGAGGCCCCAUACCUGAAACAUUUCAAGAAAUGGAAUUUCUCCAGAGCUUGAAUCUUAGUUCAAACAAUUUCACAGGGGGCAUUCCCAAAUCUUUGGGGAAUUUGAGCCAUUUGACUUCUCUGGCAUUGAAUUUUAAUGAAUUGAAAGAACCCCUUCCUGAUUUACUUGAAAAGUUAUCAAAGCGGGCUGGGAAAUCGCUGCAGUUGUUGCGGUUAGAUGGCAAUAGACUCUUUGGUUCACUCCCGGAUAUUAGUACCCAAUUUCCAUUCUUGAGAAAGUUGAAAGCAUCAUAUAAUCACUUGAAUGGUUCAUUGCCGUCGAGCUUUGGAAGUCUUGAGGAACUAGACCUGGAAAGUAACGAGAUCUCGGGCUCAUUUCCAGACAUCAGAAAUCUUGGGAUUGUAUCCGGUCUUAGAGUUCUUGAUUUGAGCCAAAAUAACAUAUCAGGAACACUGCCAGAUUUAACACCAUUCCCAUCAAUGGAAGAGCUUCUUCUUUGUUUAAAUCAGUUGAGAGGUGUCUUACCUGAAAGCAUAGGCCAACUAUCCAAGCUUCAAAGUUUGGAUGUUAGAGCAAAUUCAUUUGAAGGGGUGAUGAAUGAAUCCCACUUUUUGAAGCUUUCCAACUUAAAACUGUUGAAACUGUCCUUCAAUUCAGGGCUAUCUUUCAACUUCAGCCCUGAUUGGAACCCUCCCUUUCAGCUAGAUGUCAUGCAUUUCACAAGCUGCAAAUUGGGUCCAAAAUUCCCAAAAUGGCUGCAAACUCAGAGUGGAUUCUCUGAGCUUUAUAUCUCCAAUACUGGCAUUUCUGAUACAAUGCCAAACUGGUUUUGGGACCUGUGUUCCAAAGUUGAAUACUUGGACUUGUCCAACAACAAGAUUGAAGGUGAACUGCCUAAUUUGUCAACCAAGUUUGGUGUUUUUCCAGAAAUUGAUCUUAGCCAUAACAAUUUCAGGGGUCCAAUACACUCACUCCCUCCAAAAGUCAAAUCCCUCUAUCUCUCAAACAAUAGUUUUGUGGGUUCAAUUUCUUUUGUCUGCAAAGUUAUCAAAUUUAUGUCUAUAGACCUCUCAGACAAUCAAUUCUCUGGAGAGAUUCCUGAUUGCUGGAAUCACCUCUCACCUCUAAACAAUCUCAAUCUUGCAAACAAUAACUUCUCUGGGAAAGUCCCUCCCUCUUUUGGGUAUCUCUAUUCUCUCAAAGCAUUGCAAUUGAGAAACAACAACUUCACUGGAGAAUUGCCAUCCUCAUUGCAGAACUGCACAUUACUGAGAAUUUUAGAUUUGGGGAGAAAUCAGCUGAUAGGGAGAGUCCCGUCAUGGUUUGGAACAUCACUAGUGGACUUGAUCAUUGUUAGCCUUAGAGAGAACCAGUUUUAUGGAGAUCUUCCUCUGAGUUUAUGUCAUCUUAACGACAUUCGUGUCUUGGAUCUUUCUCAAAACAGAAUUGCAGGAAGAAUUCCACAUUGCGUGAGCAACUUCACAUUUUUGAGUUUGACAAAGAGCUCCUAUGGAACCACCGAAGCAAGUAAUGUAUAUUUUGCCUUCCAAUAUGAUUCCUACAUAACCAACAUUUUGAUUCAGUGGAAAUACAAUGAGCAGGAAUAUAGUAGCCAAUUGAGACUCCUGAAAGUGAUUGAUCUUUCAAGCAAUCUACUGGCAGGAGAUAUUCCCGAAGAAUUUUCUAGUCUUCACGGAUUGAUUUCCUUGAACCUGUCAAGAAACCAUUUGACUGGGAAAAUCAUCCGGGAAAUAGGCCAGAUGGAAAUGUUGGAAUCUCUCGAUUUGUCUCAUAAUCAACUCUCCGGAGAAAUUCCAAUAAGCCUGGCUGGUUUAAGUUUUCUUCAAGUUCUUGACUUUUCCAACAACAACUUGUCUGGGAAAAUUCCAUCAAGCACUCAAUUGCAGAGUUUCAAUGCAUCUUCUUAUGCCCACAACAGUGGAUUGUGCGGUGAUCCACUCCCCCAGUGCCCUAGAAAUGUUCCAACACCCAAAAACAAAGAAGAAGAAGAUGAAGAUGAUGGGCUUAUUAUAACCCGGGGGUUUUAUAUAUCAAUGGCCCUGGGAUUCUCUCUUAGCUUCUGGGGAUUUCUUGUCACUUUGUUCCUCAAACACUCAUGGAGAUACGCGUAUUACAGGUUCUUAAAUGACUUCACAGACUGGGUUUAUGUGAUUUUCAAAGUUAAUUUGGUUAGACUGCAGAGGAAGCUUAAGCGCCGUGAAAUGUGA